AUGUCACAGUUUACUGAAAAAGAGCCAGCAGCAAUGGAUCAAGAAUCCAACAAGGCUGCCUGGCCCAAACCAGCAGGAGGAUAUCAGACAAUCACAGGCAGGAGAUACGGAAGAAGACAUGCCUAUGUCAGUUUUAAACCUUGUAUGACAAGGCAUGAAAGAAGCUUAGGUCGAGCUGGUGAUGACUAUGAAGUGUUAGAACUAGAUGAUGUUCCAAAGGAAAAUUCCUCAGGUUCCAGUCCAUUGGAUCAAGUUCAGUCUUCUUUAUCCAACAAUCCUUUAUCUGAAAAAAGUGAAACAGAAAUUCCCAUUUGUGAUACAGCAUUGAAUCAGACCAUUGAGAGCAGUCCAUCCUUUGCUGCAGUACAACUUAGUGGGGAAGGCAGGGAGACCUUAGGAAGCAGUACAGAUCUUCAUAAUAACUCUGAGGGAGAACAUACUCCAGGAGCCUGUAAUGCCUCAAGUGUCCAAAAUGGAAUUGCCUUGGUUCAUACUGACUCUAAUGAUCCAGAUGGCAGACAUGGAAAGGAGGAUAAUGACCGUCUUCAGCCUUCUUCAGAAGUUGUGGAAGGUGGUAGACAUCAGGAAGCUUUGGGCAAUACAGUAUUUGAGUUGGAAAAUGGAGAGGUAGAGGCAAAUACAGGUCUUUUACCACCAGUUCCCGCUUUUAACUGUGAAGUACAAGAUGAGUUUGAAGAGUUUGAUUCAGCGCCUUUAGUGAAAAGUUCUACUGGUGACAUUGUCAGUCAAACCAACCAGGAAUUUCCGAGGUCAUCUUCUGAAGAGGAAGUUAUUAGAAAGAAAGAACAAAUUAAUACUAGCCAGGAGAGAAAGAGAGAGAAUUCAACUGAAGAUACAGCCUGUGCGGAAGGGCAUAUUUGCAGUGAACAAAAUACCAGGGAUAGGGACAAUAAGCAGGGAAGUUCUCCUGAACAGGUAGUGAGGCCUAAAGUUAGAAAACUGGUAAGUUCAAGCCAGGUGAACCAAGAAUUAGGUUUUAAUAGGCAUGAGGCUAAACAAAGAAGUGUGCAGAGGUGGAGGGAGGCUUUGGAAGUUGAGGAAAAUGGCUCAAAUGACCUCUUGAUAAAAUGUGAUGACUACGAUGGCGAACAUGAUUGUAUGUUCUUGGAUCUACCUAUGGCACGAGUUACACAGAGUGAAACAGAAAAUAACCAAAUAACAUCAGAAAGUGGAGCCACAGCAGGAAGGCAAGGAGUUCUGAAUAACACCUUUUGGAAUAGCUGUGGAGAUUAUUACCAACUGUAUGACAAAGAUGAAGACAGUUCAGAGUGCAGUGAUGGAGAAUGGUCUGCUUCUUUGCCUCAUCGAUUUUCUGGUACAGAAAAAGAUCAGUCUUCAAGUGAUGAAAGUUGGGAGACUCUACCAGGAAAAGAUGAAAAUGAACCUGGACUACACAGUGAUAGCAGUAGUCCUGAAGAAAACCAAGAAUUAUCUCUUCAGGAAGGGGAACAGACAUCCUUGGAAGAGGGAGAAAUUCCUUGGUUACAGUACAAUGAAGUCAAUGAAAGCAGCAGUGAUGAGGGAAAUGAGCAGGCUAAUGAAUUUGCACAGCCAGAGGCUUUCAUGUUGGACGGGAACAAUAACCUUGAGGAUGACUCCAGUGUGAGUGAAGAUUUAGAUGUGGACUGGAGUCUGUUUGAUGGCUUUGCAGAUGGAUUAGGAGUUGCUGAAGCUAUUUCUUAUGUGGAUCCUCAGUUCCUCACCUACAUGGCACUAGAAGAACGCUUAGCCCAGGCUAUGGAGACUGCCCUAGCACAUUUAGAGUCUCUUGCAGUAGAUGUUGAGGUGGCCAAUCCACCAGCCAGUAAGGAGAGCAUUGAUGGUCUUCCAGAGACACUUGUUCUUGAGGAUCAUACUGCUAUUGGUCAAGAGCAGUGCUGUCCAAUCUGUUGUAGUGAAUAUAUUAAAGAUGAUAUAGCGACAGAGUUACCCUGCCACCAUUUCUUUCACAAACCUUGUGUCUCAAUUUGGCUGCAGAAGUCAGGAACAUGCCCUGUGUGUCGCCGUCAUUUCCCACCUGCAGUUAUUGAAGCAUCUGCAGCUGCUUCCUCUGAGCCCGGUCACGAUGCCCCACCUUCAAAUGACAGUACUGCAGACGCUCCUUAA